AUGGUGGCCCGCAAGGAGUUCUGCCCGAAGCAACCCUUGAAGGGCAUGGGUAUCAACGGCUCGCUCCACAUGACCAUCAAUACGAGCGUCCUGAUCGAGACGCUGCAGGCCUUGGUAGCCAAGGUUGCGCUGGUGCUCCUGGAGCAUCUUCAGCACCCAGGAUCACGCCGCCGCAGCCGUCGCGAAGCCGAGACCGCCACCCUCGUCGACGACGGCGGCGACGCCACUCUCCUGAUCCACACAUGCAAGGAGUUUCAGGACAAGUUCGCGAAGGAGAUGGUUGCGAAGGGUGAGCUCUUGUUCCCAGCCGUCAAUGUGAACGAUUGCGUGACCACGUUCAGAUUCGACAAUGUUUACGGGUGCAGGCAUUCGCUGCCUGAUGGCAUCAUGCGUGCCACAGACGUGACGAUCCGGAGCGAGCGUGCGCUCAUCUAUUGUUAUGGUGAUGUUGGCAAGGUGUGUAUCAAGGGCUUCCAGGUGGUUGCGAUGGAGAGCGCUGUCAGCGAGAUGGACAUCUGUGCGUUCAUCACAGGGAACCUGCAGACCACCACGUUGGAGCAUAUGAAGAAGAUGAAGAACAGCGACAUGGUCGGCAACAUUGGCCACCUCGAUAACGAGAUCGAGAUGGAACACUUGGAGAAGUUCGCAGGCGUUGAGGUGAAGAACGUCAAGCCGCAGGUGGCCUGCCAUGUCUUCUCAGACGGGUACGGCAUCGUCGUCCUGGCGGCUGGGCGCCUGCUCAGCCUCAGCUGCGCCACCCCGCACCCGUCCUCCGUG